CUCAAAAAAAAAAUUACCGACGGAUGUGCAGAAGACACUCAUUUAUGCUUCCUUUGUUCCCCAAUCCGAUCACUAGUAGCUCGCUUCUCAUUUCCACAUCCACCACCGCAAUCUCUCAAGCAUUCACUGUUGGUGAAGGUUUAGUCAUUGUCUUUAUAAUAUAUGAUGGCGGGACGCUGUGAAGGGGAAGAUGAAAACCGUACCCCUAGCGGCCGUAAAGGUCUCCCUCGUAAGCUUCGCAGUCAUUCUUCAGGGGCUCAUGGGAGGCCUCCUCAAAAGCCACACACUAUUACCAUAAAAUCUGGGAGUAUUAAGCACAAGGAAGCAAAGAAGACUUUACUAGCUAUUAUUCGGCUGCACUGGCCUGUGGGAGCGUAUAGCUACACUGAGAUAGAGCGUAUUACUAAUAAGAAGUUUACAGAGGACGUCCUGGAUGAGUUUCAUUUGUAUUACACAUAUGAGCCAACCAUGCCCCGCAAAAUUGCAAUUUCUUGUGUGAGAAAGCACAUUAUGGGCGUUGUUAGAAGGACAAGUAACGAGGAGAAGACACGGGCAUACGCUCGGGCAAAGACCUCUGGCCGCACCCCCUUCGAUCAUAGGCCAUCAUAUUUUAAUCAAGAUGUGUGGCGUUACUUCUGUGAUCGCUGGGUGUCGGAAGCCCACAUAGCGAAGUCAGAGACUAGUAAGAAAAAUCGCGAGAAGCUAGAGGUUAAUCACACAGCUGGUGCGAAGCCCUUUGACGAUGUUCGAGAGGAGCUCGAGCGUAGCACCGGGACGCCUCCCUCUCGCCUUAAGCUCUGGGAGACUACGCAUAAGAAAAAAGACACUGGUGAUUGGGUCACUAAGGCUGCAAAAGAGAUAUACGAGCGUUAUCGUGCCCUUUCUAGCGAACAAUCCUCUACAACUUCAGCAGAUGAACCUGCAGAUGAGCCAUUGGAUUUGUGGCUGCAGGCCACGGGUGGCAUUAAAAAAAAUCGUAUUAUUGGUAUGCCAAGAGUGCAAGCUUCCAAAAUUUUAUCUCCUGUCCAAUGCACUAGCGAGUCCUUGCAAGGGGAAGGGCCAUCAGUAGGCUCAUCGAAGCCAGGUAGGGAUCUCUCGAAUGAGACAUUUGUUCAUAUUGUCGAAUCUACCUUGGCACGUAUCCGCUCCAGCCAAUUAUAUCAAGGAGGACGUAAGCUUGACAGACAGACGCUCCAAACAGUAGCUCAGGAGGCAUUGGCAGCAGGUGACAUGGGUCCGAACUCUGUCUUAUCAGAGCUCAUUCGCGGUGAGGCACUCAGGGUGGCAGUGAGCUUGAUUGAGAAUAUGCUUCUGGGGAUAGAGUGUGAGAAAGAGGAUUGCAAUGAAAUGGAGACGGUACCCAUUUCAGAUGGUGAGGAUGAUAACCACUCUGAUGACGAGGAGCGAACAAUGAGCCUUUCAAAUAAUGAGGCCAAUGGGGACUCAGAUUAGGCCUUUUGUAAAUGUAAACAACAAUCGAAAAGUUUGUUGGUGUAAGAUGUCUUAUCUUGGGUGUGUUUUAUAACUUGAUAGAUCUAAAAGUUUUUGUCUAGUUUAAGUACAGUAUUACUUUUACAUAUAUUUGUUUGUUUUUUA